GCGUGUCUCAGGUGUCUCAGGUGUGUCCCUCUCCUGGUGAGUAAAUGGCGUCCGCCCCAGAGACACGCUCAGUGUUUGAGGCCACCCAGGACCUCGUGCUGAUGGGGGGCCUGAGGGAGGUCACCGAUUCACACACUCACGGGAUCUCCCUGCAGACUGAGCCCACCGCCGGCAGGGAAGAGUCCCCCCACUGCCCUGAGGAGGUGACCCCGGCUGGAGUCAGGCGGGCGAGUCCUGAGUGUGUGCGGAGUGGAGAGGUGACCGCCAGAGAUGGAUCCCAGCCGGAGGUGUCGGACAGGAGGCUCUGCUCCGCCUGCCACUGCCCCUUUGACAGCAGGGAGGAGCAGAUGGAGCACUACAAACUGGACUGGCACAGGUUUAACCUGAGACUGAGGCUGGCUGGGAGACCCCCCGUCACAGCAGAGGAGUUUGAGAGCAAAACAGGGACAGGCGACGUGUCCAGCAUCUCUGGUUCGGAUUCUUCCGACUCGGACUCUGAGAGCGACCAGGGUUUCUAUGGCGAUGAGGUGACCCCUGAGGGGCCAUCGCGCCCAGCGGAGAGGGAGGUGUCUGCGGGCCGCGUCUCCAGCAAGGCGGUGUUCCAGAACGCCCAGGGCCAGUACCUGUCUGUGCAGCGCUGUGUUCUACAGAGGAAGAGGUCUGCAGAAGGUGAUGAUCUGGUGGCCUCUCUGCUGGCCCUGAGCAGCAAGAGUGUGUGGGUCGUUCUGAUGACCGGAGGAGGACACUUCGCUGGGGCAGUGUUCCAGGGGAAGGAAAUCGUGCAGCACAAGACGUUCCACCGCUACACAGUUAGAGCCAAGCGCGGAACUGCUCAGGGCCUUCGAGACUCGCAGAACCGAAGCCAUGCCCCCAAAUCAGCGGGUUCCACCCUCAGGAGGUAUAAUGAAGCUGCCCUAGUGAAGGACAUCCAGGAGCUGCUGGAGAGCUGGUCGCCGCUGCUGCAGGAGGCCGUGGCCAUCUUCCUGCGCGCCCCCAGCUACAACAAGAACAUCUUCUUCGGGGGCCGCGCCCCGCCCCUGGACAAGAGGGACCCCAGGCUGCGCCCGCUCCAGUUCGCCACGCGGCGCGCCACCUUCCGCGAGGUGCAGCGGGUGCACGCCACCCUGGCCACGCUCCACAUCUACGGGGGCGACACUGAGCUCUCCAACAUCUUCAGUUCCUCAAAGAAAGCGUGGAAGAGGAAGAAGAAGGCCUCCAGUGCAGCAGCUCUCAUGACCGCUGACACAGAGAACGCAGGUGAGCAGGUGAAACCUGAGGAUGAGGAGGAGGAAGAGGAGGAGGCGCAGGGCUGUGGGGAGGAGCUGGAGAUGGAGAUGGUGGAGGUGACUCUGAGCACGCUGGAGCUGCGGGAGCACGAGUUCUCCCCCGCCCAGAGGAAGAGCAGACGCCGCAGGAAGCAGAAACACCCCAAACACAGAGCAGAGGGGGAGGAGAGAGAAGGCUCAGGCAGCAGGGAGAGCCCUGAUGAGCAGGUAGAGAAUGAGGAUGAUGAUGAUGAAGAGAAAGAGGAGGCAGCAGCUCCCUCAGAGCCGUCAGACGAGCCGAAGAGCAGCAGGAGCCGAGGCAAGAAGAGAAACCACAGACAGAGAGACAAAGUACAAGACGAUGACGCAGUCGAUGGUUGGGACUACAGUCUGAGGGAUGCUCUGUACACAGCCUGUAAGACGGGUGACCUUCACUCCUUACACACACUCCUGCAGCUGCCACCCCCACCUGCGGAGGAGGAGGAUGAGGAAGAGGAGGGCAGGCCGAGGAACAACUUCUCAGAGGUCACGACCCCACUGGCCUUCCUAAACCAACCCAUCGACCAAUCAGGGUUCACGCUACUGCACGUGGCGUCAGCGGCAGGUCAGAGGGGCGUGGUCAGCCUACUGAUGGACGUGGGGUGUGACCCAGCCUGCAAGGACCGGAAGGGUCAGACCCCGUACGUAGUGGCUCCUGAGAGGGACACCAGGAACACGUUUCGGAAGUACAUGGGAGAUCACCCUGACAAGUACGACUACAGCAAAGCACAGGUGCCAGGGCCCCUGACGACGGAGAUCGAGGCCAAGAAGGCUGAGAAGAAGAAGGCCCUGAAGACGGCCAAGAAGCAGAGAGAGAGGGAGCAGAAGGAGGUGAAGAGGAAAGAAGAGAUGGAGAAGGAGGAGAAGAAGCGGUUUGCUGGCCUCAGCGAUCGAGAGAAGAGGGCGCUGGCGGCUGAGAAGCGGUUGGCAGAGCAGAUGGCAUCUACUGAUGCCCCCCUCACCAACGUCAAACGCUGUUGGAUGUGUGGGGAGUCUCUGCUGGGUAAAGUGCCCUUUCAGUACCUGGACUUCUCCUUCUGCUCCCCACGCUGCGUCCAGGCUCACCGCAAGGCCAACAACCCCACAGCCAAACCCUGACCUUUCACCCCUAACUCACGCCCCUCAUAGGGGGUCACAGAGGUGGCAUCAUCCCUGCGGUCUCUGGAAGCUGGACGCAGUGCAGGUGGCGUGUGGGGACCGAGGCUCUCUGUGCUUCUUCUAUCCCCCUCCAGCGCAGAUGGACUCUCUGGGAGGUCUGAGACCGUUCCGGUGUUUCAGAAAGGAGCUGAACGAGCUAAACUGAAUCCAAAUACAGACCACAACUACCUGCAAGACUUACAUGAACUCAUUGCCAACACACACACACACACACCAGUCAUCAUCUCAGUAGCACUCCGUAAACCCUGCCUGCCCUGGG